CUACGCAGCAACAACAAGCAAGAAGCAAGAAGCGAAGAAGGGGAGGAAGGACUUGAGUGUGCGCUGACAACCACGAUAGCCACAACACGGGAUGGAGCUUGCGCGUGUGGAGGAUGUGUUGAAUGAGCUGCCGAGCGAUGAUGCCUGGCAUGCGCUUCCACAGCGUGUCCGCCACGACAACACAAGAGAAGCAUUGGCGCUCGGCGUGAUCCCCAAGAUCGUGCAUUACCUGGCAGACGAAGAGCAACAGGGAAAUGCUGUCCGGGCAUUGCUCCACCUGGCACGCAUCAACAGGGACUACGUAACAGCCAUUAACAACGAACUGGAUGACAUCGUGGCCACCGUGGACAUCGGUGAAGGCUGGACCCCUGAGACACACCUGCUUUUCUCCCGCACACUCGAAGCCAUGAAGAGCCACGCACUGGCUCCCUACAAUGACAAAGUGCUGGAAGUGGCGGUGAAGCUCUUGCGCAGGGAGGAUGACGAGCAGCGGACGUAUGCCCGCGUGAUUGGCGAGCUGAUGCGCUGCCAGUGGUACUCCUCUGUCCUUCGAUCGCCGCACCUUGCUGGGGUCUUCGAUUACCUUCUGCACUCCACAGAUAGACAAGCGCAGGCAAUUCUCAUGAGAGCGUUCACAAGCAUGUCAAUGGGAGAGCCGGCACCGUACCUCUUCGAGGGUGGCGCUGCGGACAUGCUGAUUGAGAUCAUGUCGACGUGCGACCACCUGCCGCUUGUGAUGGACGCGUACGACACUGCCCGCAACCUCACCAUCGCCGUGCACGCGUGCAAGGAUCACUUCAUUGAACACGGCAUGGACGCAAUCCUGAGCGGACUCGAGCACCACUCCACAGAAAUCCGCCAGCGCGCAUGUGGGCUGAUCCGGAACAUUGGUGCCGGUGACAGCAGUUCUGAUGCGCGUGUGCGGCGGGAGCGGAUGGCAGAAAAGGGCGUCAUUGGCGUUCUCCUCGACAUCCUCGAACAGGACGUGGACGACGUGAAGCUCUCGGCUGGGUACGCUGCGUGGAACAUCACGGCCUGCCCCGCGUCCGCAAACUACGUUAUCGAGAACAACUUCUUCCCCCGCAUCCUCGCCAUCUACAACUCCGUCGACUUUGAUAAGCGCAUCUACGGCGACUCGCUAAAAGGAAAGCUUGUUGGCAUGCUGUGCUGCAUCAGUGCACACGCCGACCGCAAACACGUGCAGUUCCUCUGCGAUUUUGGUCUUCCAGAGAUUCUUCACGACCUCAUGGUCUCAAAGAACCCCGAGCGCCAGCCAAUCAACGCCAUGCUUGGGCUUGCCAACCUGAUUGGAACCAUUGAGAACCAUCCGUUGCUGCAAGGCGACACAAGCUUGUUUGGCAUCUUGAUAGAAUGCCUCGAGCAUGCGCGCGCUGGGCAGCAGUUCCACGGCGCGGUGUACACGGAGGAGCUGCUCCUGCCGAGCUUGGCGAAACUCUCAAUCUCAGACUCAAACAAGCAACUGCUCAAGGACACGGGAUGCGUCGAUGUCACCUGCAAGGGAUACAGGGUUGGUGCCAAGGGCGCGCUCGUCGAUGAAUGCACGGCAAAACUGCUGCUCAACAUGAGCUUUGCCUUUAACCUUGAAGCAGACUUUGACAUGGAUCUCGUUGCCUUGUUGGAGGACAUUCGCUCCCGUUCGCCGUCAAAGGAGGCGCGUACGCUGGCGGAGCACGCCCUGUUCCAACACCACCAACGCCUUGCCGGCCCGAGUCAGGGUGCUGACAAGGCCGAAACGAAGACAGAAGACCGACACGUGCUCAUUUGCUGUCCGGCAGAAUGGCGGCCACGGCUUGCGCGCCUUGCUGAGUACUUGCAAACGAGCGGAUUUCUGUGCCACCUCGGCAUUGCUGACUCCUCCGGUGACACACUCAAUGCAAUGGCGCGCGCGGUGGAAAGCGCCGCCGUCGUUGUCAUGUGCGUGUGCGCCGAGUUCAAGGAGAGCGCGUCGUGCCGAUCCGAGAGCGAGUACGCGCAGCACCUCCGCCGCGAUGUGGUGUUUGUGCGGGUGGAGGAGGGGUACGAGCCCGAUGGGUGGCUGCACACGCUCAUGGCGGGUCGCGAGUGCUGUGAUCUUCACUUCGACAACGACCACUUUGCAGCCGAUGCAGACGCCAUCGUCAACGCCGUGUCCGCCCACUGCCCUCCAGCAAAGGAGGCAGCAAAGCCAGCACCAGAUGCCACCACCACUUCAAACUCCAACACCACGAACACCACGACCACCACGUCGGCGUCUGCCCACGACCACACGGCAUCAGAUGCGUCCGUGGCCGCGCUCACAGAUCUCCUGCUCAAGCUGCAAACUGGGAUGGAAACUGGCUUCACCUCGCUGCAAUCCACGUUGAAAACGCUGGAUGGCCGUGUUGCAGCACUGGAGACAGACGUGGCCGAUUUGAAGCGAAUGGCGACUGAGAACUCGACCAAAUAA